UGAGGAUCCCCAAGGCUAUGUAAAUUUACGCAAGUCCUAAGGAACGUCAUGUUCAGGGCGGCCUCAGUGGCCUGUGAUCCGGAAAGACGAUGGCUUAUUGGUGUCUUCUCUGUUCCCUUUCUUGAGUAUUUUUAGCAUCAUUCAAAGAAUCGCAGAGGCCGACCUUGAUCACGUUGUAUCAUUGCAUAAUAUAACGGUUUGACGUGGUUCUCGGACAUGGUUCUAUGAGGGUUGUAAAUAUCGCACUUAAUGACCGCCGAUGGCGUCCAUGGACCGGUCUCCGCGCCCAGCAUACGUCUUUGAACACUACCAAGUUACAGUCCUUGCUUCAAUUCAUUAAGAAGGGUCUCAUAAGCCAAAGCUCCGCAGGAAGUUUCCCGGUCGGGCCUUGGUCAUAUGAGGGUAUUUCAUGUACAUGCGCGGUCUUCCAACUUGUCCGAUUGAGGCGCGUAAGCCGUUUGACGAGAAGAGACAUGGUCAGAAAUCUAACUGCCGGAAUAUCAUAAAGAAUGACAACGAG